AUGCUGCACUUUGAGGAUCUUUAUGGUUUGAACGGCAAGCAGAAAACCUGUUUCAGGAUAAUCUGCGAAUGGUUCAUCAACAAACACGUACUGAAAAAGGAGGACCUGCCCCCAUUGUCAAUGGUCAUGACCGGCCCAGGGGGAACUGGCAAGACAUACGUCAUCAAUGCAGUCAAAGCUGUAAUGUCCCACUACGGAUGCGCGCACCAGAUUCGAUACCUCGCACCCACUGGUUCAGCAGCAUCACUGAUCGACGGAAUGACGAUUCACAAAGGAUUGGGAAUCAAGAUCAAGGUCAACCGGAACGGCAAAUCGAAUCGACAGCUUGGUGAGAGUUCCGAAGACUAUACUGUCCUCAUCAGCGUGCAGAGCAGAACACAACUGCGGGAUGAAUGGCGUUUCGUUGAGAUCGUUUUCAUUGAUGAGUCGUCCAUGUUGAGUUUGCAGUUGCUAUGUGAGAUGGACCAUGCAUUG